AUGGUGGUGGUAGGACUUUCUGCUGGUGUGGUUACGGCCAUGUUGGGUAUAGUUUUGGUGGUAACUUUGAUUGUAAAGAAUGUGAACUGGUUUCUUUAUGAAGCUAAGUUGGGAGCUAAGAAGCGCAGUCUUCUUCCGCCGGGUGACUUGGGUUUACCUUUUGUUGGUAAUAUGUGGUCUUUCCUCUCUGCUUACAAAUCUCCCAAUCCUGAAACUUUUAUCAACUCAUUCUACUCCAGGUAUGGAAAAACUGGAAUGUACAAGUCCCUAAUGUUCGGAAGCCCAGGGAUCAUUGUUACAACACCCGAAUUGAGCAGAAAGAUUCUGACAGAUGAUGAAAACUUCAAGCUUGGGUGGCCUCGUUCGACAAUUGAACUUGUUGGAGAGAAAUCUUUCAUUGCAAUGGGCGAUGAAGAUCACAAGCGUCUUAGGCGUUUGACUUCUGCUUCAAUCAACGGCUUGGAACCACUUUCCAUGUAUUUGGCUUUCAUGGACGAACUCAUGAAAAACGAAUUGGAAAAAUGGUCUAAGAUGGGUCAAAUUGAGUUGUUGACUGAACUCAGAAGGCUUACCUUCAAGAUCAUCAUCCACAUUUUCCUUGGCGCCUCCAGCACUUCUGUUAUGGAAGCUUUGGAACAGGAAUAUACCAAGCUCAACUAUGGCAUGAGAGCUUUGCGCAUUGAUUUUCCUGGUUUUGCAUUCCACAAAGCCUUCAAGGCUAGAAAGAAUCUAGUUAGCAUAUUUCAAAAUGUUGUGAAUGAGAGGAGAAAGGAGGAGAAGUUAGAAAAUCCAAACAAAACCGCAAAAGAUAUGUUGGAUCAACUGAUUGAUGCUGAAGACGAGAACGGUAGGAAAUUGGCUGAUGAUGAAGUGAUUGACAUUAUGAUAAUGUAUUUGAAUGCUGGACAUGAAUCUUCUGGACACACUACCAUGUGGGCCACUUUGAUCCUUCAACAGCACCCUCAGUAUUUCCAAAAGGCUAAGCAAGAACAGGAAGAGAUCGUGAAGAGGAGGUCACCAAAUCAGAAGGGUAUGACAAUGAAGGAAUAUAGGCAGAUGGAUUUCCUCUCUAAGGCAAUUGAUGAAACUAUGCGCUAUAUUACUUUCUCUUUGAUGACAUUCCGGGAGGCAAAGCGUGAUGUCAAACUGAAUGGUUUUCUUAUUCCCAAAGGUUGGAAGGUUUUUGUUUGGUAUAGGGCUAUUCACCAAGACCCUCAGGUUUAUCCUAAUCCAAGGAUAUUUGAUCCUUCCAGAUUCGAUGUCCCCCGCAAGGCUGGUGAAUUUCUGCCAUUUGGGUUGGGAACCAGAUUGUGCCCUGGGAAUGAGCUUGCCAAAUUGGAAAUCACAGUGUUUCUUCAUCACUUUCUGUUGAACUACAAGCUUGAGCAUACAAAUCCAAAUGCUCCAAUAAUGUUCCUUCCCCAUACAAGGCCCGUGGACAAUUGCUUGGCUAGAGUUGUCAGACUUACUCCUUAUUCCAAUUAGCUAUGAAGGGGAAAAUGGAUGUUAUCAUUAUAUAUAUAUGGGAUGUUAUGUUUUCUUUUCGUUUCGUUUCGGACUCCUGAUAAAUAAGUCAAUGGUGUAGAAGUUGUAAUGUGUGCUCUUAUUAGUCUUAAAGACUUGUG